CUUGUUCUCGUUUCUUCAUCCUUUUUCUUUCUCUCUUUCUGUUUCUUCUCCAUUCUUUCUCCUCUCUCAAUUCUUCCCCAAACCCAUCUCUUAGAACCCUAAAUCCAAACUCACGGCAACAAGGACGGUAGGUCGGCAACGAGGACGGCGACGAGUACGGCUUCCAGGCAAAACCUCCACGAAUCCUCACACACACACAUCUUUUUCAUGGUCCAGAAAUACAACACUUGUUAGAGAUUGCAAGUUGAAAGAAGUAACAAGGGAUGGAGGGUCAAGGUUUAGAAGGGAAUGAAGAUUCAAUUUCAGCAAUAAAGGAGAUGAGGCGGCAGCUUGAAUCCCGUAUGGAUACCCUCCACACGACGCACCUAGACCUCAUUGCUUCCCUCCAAUCCUUGGUCCCAGACCUCGUUUCCUCUCUCGACCUCUCUCUUAAAGCCAUUUCCGGAAUUAACGACAAACCUUUUACCCCCCUCGCUCAAAUUCUCCCAUCCAAACCCAAUUUAAGCAAAGCCCAUGUAUCCAAAUUUCCGUUAGAGAACUCCAAAGUCACUUCUUCUGCCGCUCUCUCGAGGCCUUCACCUAGAGAGAGUGAGAGGGCUUUGGUUGAGGAGAAUGGUGGCCCACUUUCUGUUGUUAGGUCGAUGGUGGCAGUCUGUUUGUUAGAGAGGGUGCCGUUUAAUCCGAUUGAUUCCUCGACAGUGUUGAGGAAAUUGGAGAAUGAUUCAUCAGCUACGGUGGCUGAGAGGGCAGCAUUGAGGGAGUUGGGUGGGGAGUCGGGGGCAAUCCUUGCAGUGGAGAUGGCGCUAAGGUCCAUGGCGGAGGAUAAUGGUGGGCUGGACUUAGAGGAGUUUGUUGUGAGUGGGAAGUCAAGAGUGAUAGUUAUGAACAUUGAUAGGACUAGGCUUUUGAAAGAGUUGCCGGAAACUAAGCAGUUGAAUGAGGGGAACUCCAAUGAUGGGAAUAGGAUAACUGAUAUGAUUGGUGGAGGUGGAUUUGGUGUUGGGAGGGGAAUGCAGGAUAUGUGGAUGGGAGGACCAAUGAUGAUGGGGCCAAGGGGUGUUGGGCCGAGAGGGAUGGGGAUGAUAGGGGUGCCAAGAGGUGUGGGGGUGCCGCCCCCAAUGCAUAGGCCAUCUCUAAUGGCCCCCAGUGGGCUGCAAGGUGUGGGAGGAAAUGCCCUUGCGUUAAAACCGAGGACGGAGGAGGAUGAUAUGAAGGAUCUUGAGGCUUUAUUGAAUAAGAAGAGUUUUAAGGAAAUGCAGAAGUCAAAAACGGGAGAGGAGCUUUUGGACCUCAUCCACCGGCCUACUGCUAAAGAAACUGCUGUCGCUGCUAAAUUCAAAAGCAAAGGUGGAUCUCAAGUGAAAGAAUACUGCUCCGCAUUAACAAAAGAAGAUUGCCGACGUCAAUCGGGUUCCUUCAUUGCUUGUGAAAAGGUUCAUUUUCGGCGUAUAAUUGCUGCACAUACUGAUGUGAAUUUGGGGGAUUGUUCAUUUCUUGAUACCUGCCGUCACAUGAAGACAUGCAAGUAUGUCCAUUAUGAGCUGGAUUCAACUCCGGACGUAUCACCUAUGAUGAUGGGUCAAGCUACUUUACCCCCUCCCAAGCCAUUGAAGCCUCAAAGUGCUCACUAUUGCUCGGAAGUAGAGCUUGGAGAGCCACAAUGGAUUAACUGUGACAUACGUUCAUUUCGAAUGGAUAUUUUAGGGCAAUUUGGAGUUAUAAUGGCUGAUCCUCCUUGGGAUAUUCAUAUGGAAUUGCCUUAUGGAACUAUGGCUGAUGAUGAGAUGCGCACUCUUAAUGUUCCUGCAUUACAAACUGAUGGUCUGAUAUUUCUUUGGGUUACUGGACGUGCAAUGGAACUUGGACGGGAAUGUCUGGAACUUUGGGGGUACAAGCGCGUAGAGGAGAUCAUCUGGGUGAAGACCAAUCAACUUCAGCGAAUUAUCAGAACAGGUCGCACUGGCCAUUGGCUCAACCACAGCAAGGAGCAUUGCCUUGUUGGAGUAAAGGGUAAUCCUGAAGUAAAUAGAAAUAUUGACACUGAUGUCAUUGUUGCCGAAGUUCGUGAAACAAGUCGUAAACCAGAUGAGAUGUAUCCCAUGCUGGAAAGGAUAAGUCCCAGGACAAGAAAGCUGGAGUUAUUUGCAAGGAUGCACAACGUACAGGCUGGGUGGUUAUCACUUGGUAAUCAGUUGCAAGGAGUACGGUUGGUAGAUGAAGGGCUGCGAGCAAGAUUUAAGGCAGCCUACCCUGAUGUUGAUGUGCAGCCCUCGUCACCGCCAAGGACAGCUGCUAUGGAAGUGGACCGCCCAGCUCCUCCAAGAAAUCCAUUUGUUGAAGGCGAACCCAAGUCCUCUGGACCCCAGUUCGCAGAGCCCACAGGUCCAGCAGUACCAUAUACUUUAAAUGCAAAAGCAAUGAGCGUUGAUGGAGACAUGACAAACUAAAUCCAGUAUCUAAUUAUGUGUUUGAGAACUGAUUCCCUCUUUGCUUCCAAUCUCUUACAUGACUGAAUUCCGAGCCAAGUUUUUGUCCUACUUAGAUAGCUGCCUUUAUUGGCUGAAUGAUUAGUGAGCAGUUCUUUUGUUAAUGUUUCUCAAAAGAUAACUGUUAUACCCUGUAAGGAAAGGAAAAAAACUUGUAGAAUACAUAUUAACUUUCAUCAGGUGGAGGCUGAUAAUCUGUCAUCGCAAUUCCUGGGAAUUAUUUGCCUGCUCCAAUUAAUUUUUCCAAGUAACAGUACUUGUUGAUGGCUGAUGUAUUUUUUUCUGUGGUAUGGUUCAUCUGCCGUCGAGCUUUAGGGUAAAGUACAGCUUGUCCUCCUAAACAAUGGGGCAUGCAGCAGCAGGUAUCAGCUAAAAUUACCAUCAUAUUGGCAAAAUUCUCAGUGGCGCAUCGGGGCAACCGGUCUCGAGUGUUCCACAUCAUGUACAGUGUGGAAGUUGAGAUUUUCCGUUUAGACUGUAUUUGGAUUGAUAACGUUGGAGUCAUGAAAUUCAAAUUCAUAAUAAUAAAUCUUUUGAACUUGGUAAA